GGGCGGAGGCAGGUCCCGGAGCCCCGGGCGGCUCUCCACAGAGUCGGGCAGGCUGCGGCAGUGGCGGCUGCAGCGACAGCCGCGGCGUCUCCUCGUCCUCCCUCCCUUGCCUCCCGGACGCGGCUGCCCAGCUGGACAGGCUGUGCAGAGGUUAUCAGGCCCCCGCUGGAGGUGGGAAGCCCAAGCUUGCCUAGCUGGACCAUGUGGCCAAGGGCUGGGCAGGUCACAGGAGGCCCCUCUGAAGACCCUGGCCUCACCUUGGCUGGCAUGGCGCUGACUGUGGAUGUGGCGGGGCCAGCGCCCUGGGGCUUCCGUAUCACCGGGGGCAGGGAUUUCCACAUGCCCAUCAUGGUGACCAAGGUGACGGAGCGGGGCAAGGCCGAGGCUGCUGACCUCAGGCCUGGCGACAUUAUCCUGGCCAUCAAUGGGGAGAACGCACAGGGCAUGCUCCAAGCAGAGGCCCAGAGCAAGAUCCGCCAGAGCCCCUCGCCCCUGCGGCUACAGCUGGACCGGUCCCAGGCUGCCUCUCCUGGGCAGACCAACGGGGAAAGCUUCUUGGAGGUGCUGGCAACCCGUUUCCAGGGCUCAGUGAGGACACACACUGACAGCCUGUCCUCCCUCCGGUCCUCCUGCUCCAGCCCAGCCUCCCCCAGCCCCCGGUCAUACAGCCCCUUCUGCAACCAGCCCUCUACCAGCCCGCCUGCUCUCGCUGGGGAAGCAGCAAUCAGCCGAAGUUUCCAGAGCCUGGCGUAUAGCCCGGGACUCACCGCUGCUGACCACCUGUCCUAUGGGGGCCACCCCAGAAGCCGACAGGCUGGCCUUGGCCCCAGCCUCGCUGGCGACUCAGCUGUGCUGGUGCUGCCGCCUUCCCCGGGCCCCCGGACAGCCAGCCCCAGGCGCAGUGUGGACUCGGAGCGGGGAGGCCACCACCUGGAAGAGGACUCCGAGGUCUUCAAGAUGCUGCAGGAGAACCGAGAGGCACGGGCGGUGCCCCGGCAGUCCAGCUCCUUCAGACUCCUGCAGGAGGCCCUGGAGGCCGAGGAGAGAGGUGGCACACCUGCCUUCCUGCCCAGCUCGCUGAGCCCCCAGUCCUCCCUGCCCACCUCCAGGGCCCUGGCCACCCCACCCAAGCUCCACACAUGUGAGAAGUGCAGCACCAGCAUUGCGAACCAGGCCGUGCGCAUCCAGGAGGGGCGGUUUCGCCACCCCGGCUGCUACACCUGCGCGGACUGCGGGUUGAACCUGAAGAUGCGGGGGCACUUUUGGGUGGGGGAUGAGCUGUACUGCGAGAAGCAUGCCCGCCAGCGCUACUCAGCGCCCAAAACCCUCAACUCCCAGGCCUGAGCGUCGCUGUGGUCUCAGCCUGCCCUUGACUCUGUGGGCGCCCCGAGCCAGGGCCGCGCCUGCAGCAAGUUGCCAUGGAAGAGCGAUGGUGGGUGGUGGGUCCUCUUCCUCCUUGCUGGCUGGGGCCAGAAGCAGGGUCCUGUCAUGGGCGGUAGGUGAGGGCAGGCUCACCCUCCCAGGCCUUUGCUAGAUACCCUUGCUCCCCCUGCUGGACAAGUUCUGCACCAGCCUGAGGUGGAUGUUGCAUCAGGGACUUCCCGAGCAACAGGGGCUACGCUGGUUGGAGGUUGGACCACUAUGGAGAUUAGGAGAGGGGUGGGCCACAGGCUGACGGUAUUCACCGUGUAAAGUUUCUGACAUGUGAGCUCCAUAAACAUACAUACGUGGACAAAAUAAA